AUGUCUACCAGCGACAACUCUAGCGGUCCAUCGUCGACUCCCUUCGAAGAAGGGGCCUUUCUUCCAGGCGGACACAACACCGAUCCCCCGCUCCCCGAAGACAGCCCCACGGCCAACUACAAGCUCAACCACCUCAUGCUCCGCAUCCGCGACCCCAAACGCACCCUCCACUUCUUCGUCGACCUCAUGGGCAUGCGCACCGUCUUCACCAUGAACACCGGCCCUUUCACCCUCUACUAUCUCGGGUACCCGUCCACGGCCACCGACCGCGCCGAUCUCCCCGCCUGGGCCUCCAAGGUCUCGAACCCGCGCAAUCUCGCCCAGACCCUCGGGCUGCUGGAACUGUGCCACGUCCACGGCACCGAGUCCGCCCCGGACAGCCAGAUCUCCACCGGCAACGAGCCCCCGCACCUGGGGUUCGCGCACCUCGGAUUCACCGUCCCGGACGUCCCCGCGGCUGUCGCCCGCCUGCGCGCCGAGGGCGUCACCAUCUUCAAGGAACUCGGCGAUAGUUCUCGCGAGAGCGUACCUCUGAGUCAAUGGGAAGCGGACCGCGGUAUCGGCGUCGGCGAGAUCCAUCCGAACUAUAAGCGGUUUUUCGAUCAGAUCGCCUACGUGCUUGAUCCGGAUGGAUACAUCGUCGAACUCAUCUCCCAGAACAUGCAGUAA